UUUGCUAUUAAUCUUAAAAUAUAAAAUAAUUAUUUAAAUUAUCAAUUUAUAAAUCAUUUAUCAUUGAUAUGCCAUACAAAUUAAUAGGACGUACAACAGAUUUAAAAGGAAAAUCAUUAUGGGAAAUCUUGGGAAAUUUAAAAAAAUUUGGUGUUUCUAGAGUUGUCAGUCGAAAUAUGUUUAAAAGAUAUCCAGAAUCGACUUACAUGAAAAUAUUAAAAGUGGAAGCUUUAUCUGAUGUUGGACUUUCAUUUGAAGUAAGUAUUAUUGAAUUUAUUUUAUCUUCAUUUUUAAUUCAAAGUAUUAUAACAAUUAUAACUUCUAAUAGAUAAGAGAAAGUAAUUGCUUUAGUUCAAAAAACUUUUCGUGGUAUAAAUCUGAAAAAACCUGUACAACUGGAAUCCGCCUCAUAUAAAACUGAUUAUUUUCUUAUUCAUAAAUAUAAAGAAUUACAAUUUAUUAAACCUGUUAAUACUUCAAUUAAUAGAAUUUUUAAUAAUGAAAUGGAGUUUCCACCUCUUGUUAAAGAAUAUAUUAAUCAACAAAUGAAAAUUAAAGGAACUCUUAUUGUUAAACAACCAAAGAUGAAAGUAAUUUAUAAUGAAACAGGAGUAAAAAAAUAUCGAGCAGCAACAGAGACAAAUUCUCCAACGGAAGAAGAACUAUCUAUGGGACUCAAUUUAUCUAUAACACCUAGAUUGUAUAACAAUAUAAUAAAAUGAUUGAUUUAUCAAAUAUA